GUCAUUCAAAAAUAAAACCAGUAUUAAAAUAUGUUGUUGUUUACUGCGGUUUGUAUUUCCAAUAGAAAAAGUAAAAUAAAGUUUUAGUGGUAGUUUUAUAGUGCCAAAUGGCCACUUUUAUGUUAAAGAGAGCGAUAAAACGAGCGGUUGGAGGUGAUGGUGAUGAUGGAGACGAUAAGGAGAAGGAGGAAGAGGCCGAAAGGGAGCGCCUGGAAGCAAUCCGUGAGGCCGAAGAAAGAAGGAAGGAAAAACACAGAAAGAUGGAAGAAGAGAGGGAGAAGAUGAGACAAGAAAUCAGGGAUAAGUAUAAUAUAAAGAAAAAAGAAGAAGUAGUGGAACCCGUUCAGGAAGAACCAAACCCUCUUAUGCGAAAGAAGAAAACUCCCGAGGAGUUAGCUCGGGAGGCCGAGGAGGCGGACGAAGAUGAAUUUACAAAAUUGAAGAACACUAUAGAGACGCAAGUAAAUGAACUGAAGUCUCAAAUAGAAAGUAAAUGUGUUAUGCAAUGAAUUUGGGGAUACCACAAGGCACUUUCUGCGGGCCGUCUACACCAUAGGUCGCCGUUAUAGAGAAACACACCAAUAACUUAUUUUCGAAACCAUUUAUUUUCACAAAACAGGGUUCCAUCUAUAACAGCUCGUAUAGAACUUCUUGGACGAUUGGAAUAAAAGCAAUAUUAGAUGAUUUUUAGAAGUACUAUUAAUAUAUUUACCCCUAUUUAUACACCCUCAGGUUGUAUAUUAAAUAAGAAGUUCUAUACGAGCGUUGUACCACCUACAGUUCGAAAUUUAUUAUAUUAAAUGAGAAAGUUUACUAAAAUAAAUUUGCUGUGACCCCUUUUACAAAACUAAUUUUGAGAAAUUUAUUAGGGUCAGGAUUUGACAACACUACCAAUAAUUAUUUUAGGAAAAGCAAUUUUAAAGAUAAACACAGGCAAGUAGGUCCUUAUAUAAAGAACCUUUUCGUUUGUAGGAGAUAAUUGUUGCAAAUUCUAGCCCAUAACCACCACUUUAUACCAUAACAUAGCGAUAAUAACCUAACCUGGCCAUGCAGCAAAAUGCCUCUAAAACAAAAAAAGAGACUGCGAUAAACAUUUAACAAAAAACAAAUAUAUUAUGAUGACAUGUGUUCAAUCAUACCUUGCCACGUGUACAUUAGAUGUACUCAAGUUUGGCGUGAAGAUAGCAGCAGUAUGACGUCACACUAAACAAUUUUUUGAGGUUAACAAACUGUUUCAAUUUUCCUUUUUAAUCUAGGAGCCGAGCUCGUAGAUUAUUUAUAUACCAUUAAUAUAUCACAUAUUUCGUAAGUUAAAAAUUAUAAUUCAAAGAGGGAAAUAAUUAGUUCACCCUUCUUAUGUGUUUAGGUUAUGUUAAAAUAUUCCUAAAACAGGAUUAAUGAUAAAGAUUUGGCAACGUUGAUUUUAUAAUAUCAUAAUACACAUUUUACUAGGAAAAUUUCGUGUAAAAGAGACAUUUUCAUAAAUGAAUUUUUAAUAAAACGUUUAAAAGUAAACAUGCUCAAUAUAGCAACGAAUUAUACAAAAGUACAAAUGCCGAAAAAAAUUCUAAAUGCAAACAUAACCUAACUUAAGUAGAACAAAUUUCGUUAAAGAUAUCGUAACCUAAAAUCAUACAACCCUUUCAACAAAAAAAGUUGAUAAAGUAAUACCUAUUGUUUCAGCUAAAAUCUAAUAAAAAAUUAGACAAUGCUGUCAAAUGUCACAUUGUGUCAAAUUUGACAGACGUCAGUUAUCUGUCAAAUGUCACUUUGUGUCAAAUUUGACAGAUGUCAGUUGUCCUGCUGCUUGUCUUCGACGCCAUUUUCAUUGUAAAAACCAUCAUAAUACGUUUGUGGUAGUGUUAAGCAAAUUGUUAACAGGUUUUGUAGAUAGAUAAAUAGUUUAACCUAUUUUUUUGUAACGUCAAAAAUUUAUUACCAAAAAAAAUGAAAACGUGUGCAAAUACCGAAACGAAGACCUUCGCUCGGAUCUCGUGGAAAUUUAAAAAAUGGGUUUAUGUUUAUAUUUUUGUACAUAUAUAUAAAAAAACAAAGAAAAAAAAUUUAUUCGUUUUAAAAUCCAAUCUGUUACAUCAUAAUAAGUAGCACUAAGCAUUUUUGUUAAACUAACAUGUGUAAGAAGAGUUUUAGUCCAAUUACUAUCAACUCCUAGUGAGUUUAUUACUAAUAACUAAACCAAGUAUAGACCCUUAUUUUCUAAAUCGUAAGUCAAAAGGAGUUCUAAUGUUUAGUGUAAUUAAUUGUGUCGAGUUGUCCAAUAAAUUCACUGCUAAUUCGUAGGGGUGCUUUUUCAGUCGUUUGAAAUAUUUAUCACUGCAUUUAACGAUUGUUUGCUUCACUGUCUCUAUCUUAAGCCCCUGUAAAUAUCUGCAUUUGGAAUAAACCACGGUUUCAUCCCAGUUUCAAACUUCUAAAAGCAUUUGGUAACUUGUAAAUUUCAAUUUUCAUGCACUGUGCUGUUGGAAACAUUAAAUGUAUACUUUUAUAAAGUGCUGUAUUAUAUUUAUUAAGUAUAUUAAACAGAAAAAACAUUAUCCCCACUUUGUAACAAACCCCUUCCAGCAGACCACAAUUUUCACGUAUUCGGCACACGAGACAGCACUAAGCCAAGAAGUCACGUGCCAUUGAUCGUCGCAGGGCAAAUAUGUUGGUAAAAAAGGGUGCGGAACAAAAGAUCAACUGUCAUCAACACGCCUAACUUCACGCGCAACUUUGAUACAUCCAAAAUGCAUAGGCACCAAGUUGGAUACGACCCUAUCAUAUUCACAACAACUCGCAUACAUAAUGUUAAGAAAAAUAAAUAUAUAAGUAGAAUAUUAAAGAAAUUGAUUUAAUGAUAUAUCAAAGUUGCGCGUGAAGUUAGGCGUGUUGAUCACAGUUGAGAUUUUGGGUUCACCCAUAAAAAAAUAUACAACAUAUUGUAGAAGACCGUCACCGCCCAUACAAAUAAAAUAAAAAUCUUUCAAGUUGUUAUAGUUGAUUCGCUAAUCUGAGACACAACUGUCUACACUACAAUCACAAUAAAAAUGCACUAUUUAGAAAUAAACAAACCAAGACACGUUGAAUGUUCUAGGAGCGCUCCCAAAUCAUGAUUUGGGAGUGCUCCUCGUGCUUGUUUAUUUUCUAAUGCAUCUUUAUUGUGAUUGUAGCGUAGACGGUUGUGUCUCAGGUUAGCGAAUCGACACUACCAGGAUUUUUGCUUUGCGACUUAAGAGAUCUAUCCCAGGCAACCAAAUAACGUUUACAGAACGUUGAAAAGACGUCAUAAUUAUCACCAAACCACGUCAGUUUGUCACGUUUUUUCGACGUUGAAAGUCACGUGAAUAUGUCCCACCAUAACUGACGUCGUUUUUAUCACGUUUUAAAUACGUGAUAUAAAAAACGUAGUUUUUAUCUCGUUUUUUUAGAUUAUUUUUCAUUUUAUGGAUUUAAAAAUACACAAUAAUAAUUAUUCGUGUGGGCGUUGUUGGUAUUGCAAUUUUUCAUUUAACUGUUUUAAAUUUAGCUUAUAGGCUAAAAGUAAAACCAAAUGGAAGGCUAUAAAAUGCAUAGAAUUACAAUAGGUACCCUCAAUGCAACAUUAUAGAAUUUUCACUUUUUAUAUACAGUCCAUCUAAUUUACUUACCGUUGCACGUCAUUAUUUACGUUAGAAAUCUAAGUUGACAUUGUUGCCCAAUUACAAAAAAUUCUUGAAUUCAUUUUAAAUCAAAUACAUUACACAAUUUUUGCCGAAGUGGAUUAUACAGCAAAACAAAUUAAUAUUCAAUGUAAAUAAAUAAAAACUUUAGAAAUAGAAAACAAGAAUUAAGUUAUAAUCUUAGGUUAAAUUACGAUAAAAACAGUAAAUAUGAUGAAACAAAUACUUAUAUAUAGUAAAGAAUAUAAACAAACAUGAAGUGUCAUCACCGCAACUGUCAAAUAAAUGUUACCAAUUUAUGCCAAAAUAUCACCUUCGUUCGAUUAUAGUUACAGUGCCGAACAAAUGUGCUUCAUAAAAACGCUUUAUAAUCCAUUUAUACAAAUUAAAUGAAACAUAUUAUUUUGUAUUUCUUUAAGUUAACAUUAAUAGAAAUCUUUAAAUAUUAUUUCUACGCGUAUAUAAUAAAAUAUGUCUAAUGGCUGUAACGCCAGUGUACUCGGCAAAGUGAUUCUAAAAAAGAACACACCUACCGCCUAAAUAUUUCGUGUUGGUAUCAUGUGACGUCUCGGGCUAUGACGCGGAUGACGUGCAACGGUAAGUAAAUUAGAUGGAGUAUAGGUAUACUUACUGUGUCAAAACUAAAACAACAUAUAAACUAAUAAUUAAUUUAUUAACAAAUUAAUUUAAUUAAACUCGAUAACACGUAAUUAGUUCAUUAACAGAAAAUAAUCACCAAAACAAAACAAAACACAUAACCUCAAACCGUUUUCAAGAAGAACUAUUGCAUUAAACUAACUUACUUGAGAAAAACGAAUAAAAAUCUCUUAAUUAACACGUUUCUUCAACUAAAUAUCUAAAUGAAAAGCCUUAUAUUAUCACACAAAGCAUGUAAACAACAAAUGAAAAAUUUCUUAUGACAAUUUAAGCUUACAAACGUCAAUAUACAACAUUAUUAUUAUAAGCAUUAACUCGUUAAGUUCCUCCCAUUUUUGUGACGUCAGAUUUGGGCU